ACGUCUAACUACAGGAAAGUGUCAAAAGUAAUAAAUUGAUUUCAAGGUUAAAUCGUUCUAAUAUUUAUAGAAACCAAUGCGGUUUUAUAGUUUUAACUUAAAGAAUUAUGAAUGAAAAGUAAUUUUAAAAUAUAUAUCUGAUUAAUCAAUUCAAGUGUCUUCAUUAAUAUUGUUCGCUGAAAUGUUGAAUGUAUUGUGAUAAUACGAUGAAUUUAUGAAGUUAUUACUUCGAAUGAUAAGUUAGAACUAAGUUAAUAAGUGACUUUGAAAUGAUUUAGUUACAUAAUAACAGCUGUUUAAUUACUAGAUCCGUCAGUUUCACCUUGACGCUCCCCAUGUCAGGACUAUUUUAGUAUUGUUCGAAACACAGAGGAAGAGGGCAUUUAAGCUUUAUAAUUUCAGAAUGAACAUGGAUAAAGAAGUGCGAAUAUCAAAAUGGUACUUUGGUGGCCUGGCAUCUGCGGGAGCGGCUUGUGUGACCCAUCCAUUGGAUUUACUUAAAGUUCAAAUGCAGACCCAAAAAGGGAAAAAUAUAUCCAUGUUUAAACUUACUGGAAUAGUCUUAAGAAAUCAAGGUAUAAUGGGAUUGUAUAAUGGAAUAUCUGCAUCUCUUUUGCGUCAAUUGACAUAUUCAACAGCAAGAUUUGGUAUUUAUGAAGUAGCUAAGCAAAGCUUUGCCCCAAAAGAUGGUAAGGCCAUACCAUUCUACAUGUCUGCCAUACUUGCUGGUCUGGGAGGGUUUGCUGGAGGUUUUGUUGGAAAUCCAGCUGAUUUAGUCAAUGUGAGGAUGCAAAAUGAUGUCAAACUACCUCCAGAACAGAGACGCAAUUAUAAAAAUGCAAUUCAUGGGUUAUACCGUGUGGCUGUACAGGAGGGAGUAUUACGUCUUUGGGCGGGAGCUUCUAUGACUUGCAGUAGAGCGGCUCUUAUGACAAUUGGACAGCUCUCAUUCUAUGAUCUGAUUAAAAGCAUGCUAGUUACCACGCCAUACUUCGGCGAUAAUGUUGCCACACAUGUAACAUCCAGUUUAUUAGCAGGAGCGAUAGCUACAACAAUGACUCAACCAGUUGAUGUUCUGAAGACCAGAGCUAUGAACGCUAAACCAGGCGAAAUAAGCGGCAUAUUAAGCCUCGUCACAAAUACAGCGAAAGAAGGACCUCUUGCAUUCUUUAAAGGAUACAUUCCAGCUUUUGUUAGACUUGCACCACACACUAUUCUUACCUUUGUGUUCUUAGAACAACUUAGAAUGAACUUUGGUGUUAUACAAAUCAAGGUAUUUGAGUAAUAAUUGGCCAAUAAUAUGUCAAUUUAUGUCAGUCAUACAAUUUUAGAAUGAUUAUUUAAUAAUAAUUCAUUUACCUAUUAGAAUAUGAAAAUAUGGCCUUAUUUGUGUUCAGUGUUUGAUGACUAUAUUAACAAGUUAUAUGUUCCUAGUGAGAACUAAAAUGUUUGUAGUGUGUUACUGACUAUAGUAUAUAAAUGAGAUUUUAUGUAGUUAUAUGCAUUUGACUUUACAUAGCCAAUGAAUUCCAAAUAUUGUAAGAUAUUCAAAUUAUUAUAUAUUGGCAUUUAUUUGUAUUUUUAAUAAUACUUUUAUAAUGAUAUUAUUAAAUCAGAAUAUAAUAUAAUAUUUAUAUAUUAAACAAAAAACACUCCAUUAUUACCUAAGGUAAAGAGUUACCAGGCACAAAUGCUUUAUUUUUUAUUGCAAUUUUAUUUUACAUGCUUUUUAAAUAGGUGUUAUAAUUUAGCUCUAAUUUAUAAUUUCAUUCGUAUGUGAUAAUUGUGGGUCUCAAAGACAAUAUAUUAUGGAAUUAUUUUCGUUAUGGGUUUUUAAACAUAAUGUUAUAACUAGGAGUAUUUUCCUUCGAAAACAAUCAAUUACAAAGAUUAAUAGGUCUAAUUUUACAGCAAUUUCCGAGCCUUUUUGAAAAAUAUUUAAGAAAUAUUAUUGUUAUGAAUCUAUAUGAACGGUUUAGUCUAUAUAGGAAAAUGUAGGUCGCUAAGAUUUCAAUUAAAUUAAUUUUGUGCCAAAUAGUUUACACAGUUUUUAAAUGAAAUUUCUACAAUGUAUGUACAACACAAUGUAACAUUCCUUGAUCUAUGUUUCUUGAUGUAUGUAAUGUUUUCCUUCAUUGAUAACAGUGACUUAAAUGUCAAACGAUGUAUUUUUAGGCCUAAACAAGACGGGAAAUAAUAAUUAUAUACAAAAGAUUGAACUGCUAUACACCCGAUUGUUAAAAUCUAAAUAAUCAUGUAAUGCUUUUGUUUUGUUUAUAAGUGUCGGUUUGUUAUUAAUUAAUUCUUCCAUUUGUGUGAUGUUCAGUCAGAUACUCUAAGUAUCAACUUUAAUUUUAUUAAUGUGAAUUUUGACGUAUGUCUUAUUUUAUACUUUAAAUGUAACUUGAAACCAAACGUAAAUUGAAUCGAAACCUUUAUCUUCCAAUUGAUCUUUAACUAUAUCACACACUUUGUAGAUUAUGGAUUUAUAGUUUUAUAGGGAUAGACAUGUUUACUCAAAUGUUUUUAACACUAUAAUGAAUGUUGUAAUGAGUGUAAAUGUAAUCUAGUAGAAAAAUAUUUUUUUUGUGGUACCUAUUAAACACGUUACAAAAA